AUGCCGGCCUCAGAGAUAGACGACAUUUUCGCCGCUAGUAAAGAGGGCGCGACUGCCAAGUCAGCGCCCCAGCCGUCUACCUCCCAAGCCCCAGAGAAAGAGAAGCAGAAGAAAAAGAGUGUGAAGAAGCGCAAGCGCGGAGCGGAAGGAAAAUCUACGGCAGACGAAUCAGAGUCUGCUGAGCAGCCUGCGAAAAAGAGAGUCCCCGAGACUGUCGUGGACCCUUCCCUUCAGCUCGCUGCGUCAUUGAAAAAGCGCAGCAAGCAGCCCAAGCCCGAGCAGUUGACGGAAACCAAGAACAAACCCAAAGUCGACCGUGAGGAGGAGGAGCGCUUCAAGGACUCCAGAGGCACUGGGCCAAGGCGCAAAACGGAGGAUGGUUUUCUUAUAUUCAAAGAGGACGAGCUUGGUAUCAAUGCCGAAAGUGGAGGCACACCUCUUUGUCCGUUCGACUGUCAAUGUUGUUUUUGA